UAAAAGUCAAAAGCAUCAGAGCCCGUCACUGAAAGCAUCCGAAAUAUACACGGCUUUGAUGAUAAGGGUGAUAUCAACGUCGUUAACAGACUUGCAAAUAUGCCUAUGAAAGGCAGAUUUCCGAUUCGGAGAACCUUACAGUAUCUUCAAAAGGGUGACAUCGUCUUUAAAAAUGCCGUCAAGAUUAUGACGGUGAAUUACAACACGCAUGGAGAACUCAGCGAUGGAGCAAGAAAGUUCGUGUUUUUCAACGUGCCCCAGAUACAAUAUAAAAACCCAUGGUUGCAAGUUGUGAUGUUCAAGAAUAUGACGCCGUCGCCCUUCCUGAAAUUUUACUUGGAUGAUGGGGAACAGGUGCUGGUGGACGUGGAAGGAAAAGACUAUAAAGAUAUUACCCAGCAUGUCAGGAAGAUUCUUGGAAAAUCAGAUGCGGUUCUGCAGGCUGAAGCUCGACAAGAGUCUGCCAACCCAGCUAAUUUUGGCCCAAAGAAGUACUGUUUGAAGGAGUGUAUAAGUGAGGUGGAGGGCCAGGUGCCUCACCCCGGCCUGGUACCUCUGCCCAAAGAGAUGACCGGCAAAUACCGGGCACAGAUGGCAGCUAAUUCACAAGACUGAGAAGAGUGAAUGAGAUGUAUAAAUGUAUGAAGAAUGAAAUCCUGGCCCUGUAAUAUUGUAUUUUGUAAAAUAAAUAGUCUGAACAUA